CCGCGGAUCUACUUAAGCGUGUAAAAUAUAGUAACAAAGACUGGUUCAAGUUCGACCUCGACUCCUGUCUACUUCUAAACUUUAGAAUCCAGCCGCAGAAUUGGGAAUUGAAGGCUUCCAUCUCGUCGCCAUGGCUUCUUCAACGGCGAUGCUCGUCAUCGACAUGCAGAAUGAUUUUAUUUUGCCCGAUGCUCCGAUGCGCGUGGACGGCGGUGAAGCAAUUGUCUCAAACGUCAUCAAAGCCGUCUCUGUUGCGAGGGAGCGUGGGAUUCUCGUGAUUUGGGUCGUUCGUGAGCACGACCGUGCAGGCAGAGAUGUCGAACUCUUCCGAAGGCACUUGUAUGCUAGCGGUAAUGGGCCUACUACAAAGGGCACCAAAGGUGCAGAGCUAAUAGAUGGACUUGUACCCAAGGAAGGAGAAUAUAAAUUGGUAAAGACGCGCUUUAGUGCAUUCUUUGACACACACCUCAACUCACUUCUUCAGAGCAAUGGAAUCAAGAGCUUGGUUGUUGUUGGAGUUCAAACACCAAAUUGUAUUAGGCAAACUGUCUUUGAUGCCGUGGCAUUGAACUACCUACCUGUUACUGUGAUUGUUGAUGCAACUGCAGCAAAAACACCUGAAGUACAUGCUGCAAACAUUUUCGACAUGAAAAACAUAGGAGUGGAAACAGUGACUCUGGAGGCAUGGUGCUGUCCUGAUGCUUGAUUCAGUUCUAGUUUUGUAUACAACAGAGAAUUCAGUGCGUCAGUAUCUAGAAUAAAUGACCUACUAAUCAAACUUAUUCAAUGUUAUAUUUUAGGCACUUGCUUUGACAUUGGACUUUUGUAUAAUUAAUAUGAGAAAGACUUUCUUA